UUUUUUCAUUUAUUUAUUUAUUUUUUUAAGAAGAAGAAAAAAACCCCGCAGCCGGAGCCCCUCUCCCACAACUUCGCGGCGCGCCUGCGGGAGCGGCUCCAGUCCAGUUUUUCGGGCGCUCUCUGCCUCCCCUGCCUCCCCCUGCCUGCCCUGCCUCCCCCUUGCCUGCCCUGCCUCUCCUGCCUGCCCUGCCUGCCCCUGCCUCCCCCUGCCCGCCCGGCCCCGGCCCCGGCCCGAGCAGGUGAGGCCGCCCCCUCCCCGGGCCCCGCCAGGUACCGGCCGUAUUUGUACCGGCUGCCCGGGGCUUGCGGGUGCGUGGGCGCCCGCGGGUGGGCGGCCGGGCGUGUGCGUGUGUGUGUGUGUGUGUGUGUGUGCGCGCUGCCCAGGGGGAGGUUUCUUGCACACGCACACACACACACACACGCGCGCACCCGGAGGAACAGCCCCGCUCCGGCCCCCCCCCCCCCCUCCCUCCCGGCUCAAACCAUGUUCCAGCCGUCUGCGAAGCGCUGCUUCACCAUCGAGUCUCUGGUGGGCAAGGACACCCACCUCAGCCCCGAGGAGCCCCCGCGCCCCGCCGCCCUCGGCUACCCCGGCCCCGCCGCCGACGCCGCCGCCUUCGCCCCCGGCUUCCAGGGCGCUGCCGCCGCCGCCGCCGGCCGGGCUCUCUACGGCAGCGCCGAGCUCGUCUUCCCCGAGGCCGUGGGGCACCCGGCGCUGCCCGUGGGUCCCCACCAGCUGGGGGGCUCGGCGCUGCCGCACCCCCAUUCCUUCUUCGGGCCGCAGCACCGCGACCCCCUCAACUUCUACCCCUGGGUGCUGCGGAACCGCUUCUUCGGGCACCGCUUCCAAGGGAGCGAGGUGUCCCAGGAGAGCCUGCUCCUCCACGGCCCCUUCGCCCGGAAACCCAAGCGCAUCCGCACCGCCUUCUCGCCGUCACAGCUCCUGCGGCUGGAGCGGGCCUUCGAGAAGAACCACUACGUGGUGGGCGCCGAGCGCAAGCAGCUGGCCAGCAGCCUCAGCCUCUCCGAGACCCAGGUGAAAGUGUGGUUCCAGAACAGGAGGACGAAAUACAAACGGCAGAAGCUGGAGGAGGAAGGACCCGACUCAGAUCAGAAGAAGAAAGGUUCCCACCACAUCAACCGAUGGCGCCUCGCCACCAAGCAGUCGAGCGGAGAAGACAUCGACGUCACCUCCAACGACUAAGGCAGGGACAGGCUCCUGGUGCAGCCACCAUGGAGAGGAACCCGGGGGAGGAAGGGGGGACACAGGCGGCAUCACCAAACGAACUCUAGGGACGUCGCCGAAGCCACCGCCGCCGCCCACCGCCCACUGCCUUUCCUCCGGGGCGCCCAGCCUGACCGGGGACCUGCACCCCGUCCCCCCCCGCCGCCCGGGGCGUCCCUCGGAGGUGCUUUUCGGGAAGCUCCCGCCGCCGAGCCGAGGAGGAAGAGGAGGCUGCCAGGGCGCCCGCGGCCCCGGGACGCGACCGCGCAUCCUCCUCCGCGCUGGAAGCCGUCCGUCAGCCAUGAGAUCAAAUAAAAACGUCCUACCUAGAAGCUCAAUGUACCCAAUCCCUUUUUCAUUUUCCUUUUUAUUUUCCGCCUUUUAUUUUUUUCCGCCUCCCUCCUUUUCUCCGUUGUUUGUUUUUUUUUUUUUUUUACACAGUUUUAUUUUAAUUUAUUCUUUUAUUUUUGUGCCUGUGUGCGUGCGUUCCCUGUCGUAGGUAGUCAGCAGCUGUAGUGUGUGUUACUGCGUGGUAAUAAAAAGCAAAAUGCGCUGGAAA